CAAGCAAUGUGUGAUAAUAACGAAACUGCUUUGCGCAAGCCAUGGGUUGAGAAAUAUCGCCCAUAUUCAUUAGAUGACCUUAUAUCUCAUGACGAAAUAAUUUUAACAAUCAAUCGCUUCAUUAGUCAGAAGCAGCUUCCCCAUUUACUUUAUUAUGGACCACCGGGGACUGGUAAAACAAGCACCAUAUUGGCGUGUGCCCGACAACUUUACCCGCCGGCGCUCUUUAAGUCCAUGGUACUAGAGCUUAAUGCUUCCGAUGAUAGGGGUAUUGGAAUUGUACGUGGCCAAAUCCUUAACUUUGCAUCUACGCGAACAAUUUUCUGCGAUACUUUUAAACUUAUUAUAUUAGAUGAGGCAGACGCCAUGACUAACGACGCUCAAAACGCUUUACGACGCAUCAUUGAAAAGUAUACGGACAACGUCCGUUUUUGUAUAAUUUGCAAUUAUCUAAGCAAAAUAAUCCCGGCGCUACAAUCGCGAUGCACCCGUUUUCGUUUUGCGCCGUUGUCUCCUGAUAAAAUGAUACCUAGGUUGGAACAAAUUGUUCAGUCGGAAGAUAUAAAGAUUACAGAAAAUGGAAAGAAGGCACUGCUUACUCUUUCAAAAGGCGAUAUGCGAAAGGUACUGAACGUUUUACAAAGCACUGCUAUGGCAUUUGAUGUGGUCAACGAAGAUAAUGUGUACAUGUGUGCUGGCUAUCCUUUACGGCAAGAUAUUGAAAACAUAUUGAAGGCGUUGCUUUCGGGGCACAACUUUGAGGUGUCAUUUCAAAAUGUUGACGUUGCCAAGAGCGCUAGAGGUCUAGCGCUCGAAGACAUAAUCACGGAGUUGCAUUUAAUUGUAAUGAGACUUGAAUUUCCGAUUUCGGUAAUGAAUGAAUUGGUGGUGAAGCUUGCACACAUCGAAGAACGUUUAACAAAAGGUUGCACUGAUAUUGCAAAUACGGCAGCGUUGGUUUCUGCUUUUUUUAUAUGCCGGGACAUGGUUUCAUUGCAUAAGGAAUAAAUUAAAAAAGGUUAAAUCAUAUAUUCAUCUGUUCAUGUCAUCUGUUUUAAAAUAAAUACAU